AUGUUCGUUCGGCGGCUCUUAUCGCAGUCUUUCAAACACGCCAGAGGAACCUCACUGCAGUUGAAUAAUUCCGCAACACGACAUUAUCGAAUACCACUUACGAAACAGAUACCUCGAGGAUCAUGGGACUCGCAUAUGCAUAUCAUCGAUCCAAGCAGAUAUAGCGUAAGCCGCGAUGCGCAGUACCGUCCACAGACACACACUCUUGCCGAGGCCAAGGUCUUUGAGGCAUCUGUCGGUAUCGAUAAUAUCGUUCUCGUGCAACCUUCCAUAUACGGUUUCGAUAAUUCCUGCCUCCUUGAAGCUUUGAAACAAAUCGGUACACAUCAUGCAAGAGGUGUCGUUGUCUUUGAUCCUCACACAACUCCCCAGGAUACACUUCUCGAGUGGCACAACUUAGGUGUUCGUGGAGUGCGCGUCAAUCUGCAGUCGGUGGGCAAAUCGAUGAGUCCAAAAGAGCUGCGCAAAACGCUCAGUCAAUAUGCUACGGCUGUUAAACACCUCGGAUGGGUAAUCCAGAUAUAUGUGCCGAUGCAUGUCAUUGAACAGUUAGAGCACAUUGUGCCUACGUUGGGAACGCGCGUGUGCAUCGAUCACAUAGGAUGUCCCGAUCUGAACGGCCAAGCUCUUCGAACCCCUUACGAAAUUCCAGGAUUCAGGUCGCUUGUUAAGCUAUUAGAGCUUGGGGAUACUUUCGUGAAGUUAUCGGCUCCUUAUCGUAUGAGCCAAACGACAGACUAUGGUGACCUAGAGCAGGUUGCUAGAGAGCUCAUCAGACUGAAAGGCUUCAGUAGGGUCGUCUUUGCAACAGACUGGCCUCAUACGAGGUUCGAAGGGUUAGAUAUCCAGCCUUGGGUACAUGAAGUCAUAGAUUGGUGCAAAGACGACACCCACCUGGUGGAGAGGUUGUUCAAGGGUAAUGCUGAAGAGCUAUGGGAUGUUCCUGCAGUAUAA